UUUUUGAGUAGAGUCCUAAGAGACUCUAAAACUUGUAGAUACGUAUUUACAAUAAGGCCGAAAGGGCCACUGUGGUGCGAAGUUCUACAUCAACAGAGAUGACGACGAGCUUCCGCGACUCGGUGCUGUUGCCCUUGAAGGCGGCGGGCUUUCAUGCUGAUUUUAGAAGAAGGGCUAAGGAGCGUCCUCGGCAUCGUUGCUAACACAAACAAAACAUAGCGGAACUAUCCUGUGGUCGUGCCCUUAGUUUUGCCAGUCUACUUGCUUUGGGAAAAAGUCAACUAAGCACUGCAAAAAUUCGGACAAUAUUCCACCCAGCUGGGCAUGAUAAGAAUCCGAAAAACACUCGCCGCCUACCCUCGUCCCUCAGUGGACGCCCUUCAACAGUUUCCAGCAAAGAACCACGGGCGCGAUGAGAGUCUCCGCGCCCCUCCAGAAUCUUCCGGCACACGCUCGCCGCCUGGUGUGGUGGAUUCCGGAGGGGCGCGGGGAAACACAGAAAACAAAAACAAGAGACAUACGAACCUGAAAAAAGACAAGGAAGGGACAUCGCUAAGCAGAGCACUCCCGCGACGGUGUGGAGGCUGUAUUAUAUUGGCAGUUUUUGUGCAGUGCUUGGCUGGCUUUUCGCUAGGGAAGAAGUCAGUUGAGCACUGCAAAAAUUCGGACAGUAUUCAACCUUGCUGGGCAUGGUAAGAAUCCCCAAAAAGCUCGCCGCAUAUCCAGGCCCCUCAGUGGAAACCCUUCAACAGUUGCCAGCAAAGAACCUCGGGCGCGAUGAGAGUCCCCGCGCCCCUCCAGAAUCUUCCGGCACACGCUCGCCGCCCGGUGUGAUGGAUUCUGGAGGGGCGCGGGGAAACACAGAAAACAAAAACAAGAGACAGACGAACCGGAAAAAAGACAAGGGAGAGACAUCGCUAAGCAGAGCAUUCCCGCGACGGUAUGGAGGCAAUCUUGGCCGUUUUUGUGCAGUGCUUGGCUGGCUUUUCGCCAUUAUUUAUUAGUACUGCCCUGCAAAACAAAAUACAUCUACUUACUCCAUUUCUUAUCCUUUCCCUACGGCUACGCCGUAUCUAUCCAAGGAACAGCAUCCCCGUUUUGGAUCGUCAUUAAAGUCUAGGUAGAGUAGGACGUGAAUAAAGUUGAAGAGAUCCUUUUACCUCUCGGUUAUAUGUUGAAACAAGUAGUGACUGAGCAGACCACUAGGAAUUGUUAAGCUAAAAAAUAGCUCACUCGGUUCUCUUCUUAGCCGAGAAAGAAUAUGUUAUUUUGAAUCCUUCAAGUUCAAAGCGUUGCUGAAGGCUAUCCUGUUUCGUCUUUCCUGCACAUCUUCCCAGUACCGCUUUUGAAUGUGAUUAGGGACGCUGCACAGAAGGAGCGCUCUCUGUUGAUUGUCUCCUUAGCUGUUUUUUGAGUAUUUGUUUCCGUACACUGUCAAGCAUUCUUAUCUUUCCUUCUAUCAUGGUCAUCAACCUACGUUUUUCCAUUUGAAUAGUUUUUUUAUUGCAUUGCCUAGGUUAGUAGUCAGCAUGGCAAGAAGAAGUUUGUAUUUUUACUCUACUUUUAGUCAAUAGUAUUUUUCCUUCGCGUUAUCUUGUGCUUCGGAAUUUUUUGGCCAUUUUCCUUCGCGUGCGGACAUCACAAGGCUGCUGAACCUGAACGCGUGGUGGGAUGGCGUUCUCUUCUGAGAGUGUCGGAUCGAAUUUUGGAGAGGCGUUGUUGUCUGCUGGGCAGCUACUCCUCCACAAAGCGUUGUACACAGUCACUGGGCUCGAGCUCUUCCAACCGGAAGAUGAUCAUGAGGCUAACGACCACUAUAUCUUCGGCAUUAACAGUGGAGAUGAUGCUGCGUCGCGCUGGCUGCACGAGCAGGAGAGCACCGAUGAUGACGGGGAGCUACCAUGGAGCAGCUCGGUGUCGCUUAUCGUCGUCGUUGUUUUGGUACUUUUGUCUGGAAUGUUUUCCGGGCUUACACUCGGUCUACUCGGUCUCGACAUUACUGGGCUCGACAUUCUGGCACACAGCGAAGACAAGGUAGCAGCUGAAAACGCGCGGAAAAUUAUUCCAGUGCGCAAAAACGGAAAUCGUCUUCUCUGCACGUUGUUGCUCGGGAAUGUGGCGGUACCGCUGUUGCUCUUAUGAGUUGUGCUUAGUACCGUGGUUGACGAUGUUUGACAAGGACGCAAUAAGCGAGUAUCUGUGUGCACCUUUUGACCCUACAACCUAGAUUUUGUAGAAAUGAAUCCUUUUGCAGCGAAUAUCUUGCCUACUUCUUCAGGUGAACUCCUUGUUGUCGAUUUUGAUGGCGAGGCUGACAAGCGGAACAACGGGUUUUCUUGUAUCUACCGUGAUCAUCGUCAUAUUCGGUGAGAUUCUUCCACAAGCAAGCUGCUCAAGGUACCUGCAUUAGUUGUGCAUUGGACCGAGUUUCGUUAGUCAGGCGAGUACACAUACAGUUCUUUGUGCAGUUUUUUGCAGAUCCCUAGAUGGCUUCCUGUAGUAUACUUCUGCAGUUCAAUGUCGACACUCAGAUAGAGAGAAAGAAAUCUACCUUUGUUUCCAGGUAUGCAUUGCCAAUCGGUGCGCGAACGGCAAACAUGGUUCAUGUUCUGAUGUGCCUUCUGUUUCCUUUAGCGGCGCCGCUUGCUGCAGCACUAGACUGGAUUCUUGGCGAUGAAAUGGGCACUAUCCAUAGUAAGCAAGAGCUGCGCCGCUUGUUGCAUAUCCACGUCAGGGAAGGCGCGUUGAAGAUUAUGACAACGAACUGGUGUGAAUCGUGGUUCAUUACUUCUUAAUGAACGUACCUAAAAAGAUACUUAGUGACUUCUUUCGAGCGUAUUUCUAACAACAAGGUUGAGGGCGACGUGGUUGCUGGUGCGCUGAAGUUUCGGAAUAAGCCGCUGAGCAAGGUGAUGACCGUCAAGGAGGAUUGCUUUAUGCUAAGUGAGAACGAAGUUUUGGAUUAUGCAACGAUUUUGGAGAUCUCAAAUUCCGGCUUCAGCCGUAUUCCAGUCUAUGGUAGUGCCGAGAAUGACAUUGUCGGUGUGCUAGUCACGAAGGACUUGAUUUUUGUCGACCCCGAAGACGCGAUGCCACUGAGGCAGUUUCUGAAGGUGUUUGGCCGCCACGUAGAGCGCUUUUUCGCUGAUGAUACUUGUGGCGACGCUCUGCAUCGGUUCAAGCUGGGACGCGCGCAUCUAGGUCUUGUGGUACAACAGGCCGGGCAUGGGCAUGACUUGGGAAGCACAAGCGACGCGGAGCACAGUGCCAGGGACCAACAGCUUAUGAUGCGCGUUUGUGAUGACCGAGUACAACGAGUCUGUCGUCUGACUACAGUUCUCAACGGUCAUACUUCAUCGAAGGUCGCACUAGGACAACUCCUAGCAUGUAAACGACGACGUGGGACAUAAAACUUGAUCAAAAGUACUGCGGCUCUAAGACCCUCAAGAACAAAAUAGCAGAGCAGGCGGCCGCGGUGAAAGCGUCUGCUGCUGGAGAAGCGGAAAAAUUGGAGUUACUGGGCAUCGUGACGUUGGAGGACGUGAUCGAAGAGAUAUUGCAAGAUGAAAUUGUGGACGAAACCGACGUUUUUAUCGACAUGCAGACAAAGGAAGAGCGGGAGCUAUUCGAGAGUGAAGAACCUGUUUUGCCGCCAGAACGAACCGACUCUCGGAGUACUCCGAACAACGCAGAGGAGCGCAAACGGCGUCGCGGCUCCAAAGACUACGGCGGUUAACGAUAGGCUUUUGGUGUUUCUAUUACCGUUAGUUUUGCCUCCUUGUCGUAAAAAGGGAGAACCAACGGCAUAACUAACUGACUAACUAACUAACUAACUAACUAUCUAACAGGGUAAACUACUAAAACUAAGUCUCUAUAGUACCUUUAAGGCAGCAAAGGUGGCGGAAAUGGCGGUCGGAGCGGCGACUCCACUCCCAUGUCCUCCGACAGCAACGACAGGCGCGGUAGCUCACCAAGGAGUGGUACGCCACCACAGAAGAUCUCGUCUGCGGCCUCAGCGGGGAGUUUAGUGCAAGAGGACGGUGGCAAACCAAUCGUUUCGUCUUUGCUCACACCUGUUGCAGCGGUCUUCGCAAAUGCCCUUUCGUCGGGCGGUGGAACCAGUGACGACAGUAGCAGCGCUGGCGGCCGUGCUGCAAGGGCGCAAAUCCUAGACAGUGUGGGUGUACAGCUUCCCGCCGUUGCCGGCGUCACGGUCGGAAGCGGACCCGCUAGCAGCAGCUGCGGGCGGCCGCCGCAGCUGGCUUCGCCAAUGCCGAAUGGUGGUGUGCCAGUCAUAUUGGCAAACGGCGUUUCCUUUGGUGACGCCGCUGUGGCAGCUGAAGGUGGCUCACAGAGGCGCGCUCAAACAGGAGCAGUCAGGGUCUCACCCACGCCUAGUCUGGUUCGAGAUCCAAACGCAGGAAAUUCUUUUAUGAAAACCUUUUCGCAAGACGACAUCAUCUAAGGUGAAAUUUUCUGUGCCUGAUGCUUGUAGUUCGAGUUUUUUUCGAUAUUUGCUAGCUAGUGACACAUAUGCUGCUCAACCAUAUAUCAUGUCAGGCAGAUUACUUCUUUGCAGUUGCUCGCGUUAAAAGAAAUGUUGUCUUUCCCUUGUUCAUGGUCGACGCAAGUGCUUCUGCAGCUACCACAGGAGGCGUAUCGAUGACACAGCACACGCCAGCGAUGUCGUCGUCAGCAGGUGGCCUGUAUCCAAUCUCGCAUGUAGAUACCGCGGAAUCUCUGUCGGAACACGCUUAUGGGCACGAGCACAGUGACGAGCUUCCAGUGCUUGGUAAACAACGGCGGAAAAACAAGCGGCAACGAGCGGACAUCACCAAACUCCGUUUUUUCAAUCCGCAGAUUCGUGGUAACGCUCUGUUGCCACAGGAAGUGGACGUUUUGGUCUCGCAUUUGUUGGAAAACUAUCCUGGACCAGAUUUUCAUCGGAUGCCUUCACCGGGCAAGACGCCGGGGAGUGCGGAGGAUGACCCGUCAACAAGGGGUCUGCUGCUGCCGACGAUUGAAGCGGGUGGCGGCACGACCCCCGGCAGUGCGCAGGGCGUGGACGCUUUGGAGAAUCCAACUCCAUACCAAUCCUACUGGGUCUCGCAGCGCUGGCGGACGGACGAUGAGCGCGAUCUAGGUCGUAGUAAGUGGAUAUCCAGGCACGCAUUGAAUUAUGGUUCGAAGUUCUGUAGCCGAGCUUUUUUGCAGAAUCUUUUCCUGCACUAGCAGCUUUUAUUGGAUGAAUAGACAAUGCAAGCCUUCCUGCGUAUCUCUAAUCUCUCUGGCUGCUUAUCGAGCGCGGCAAUGUGGAAACGCUUUAUAGAAAGAGUGCAGUCCGCUGUCCUCGGCCUGACGAGAAAGACUGGAUUUAUAAAAGGGUAAAAGCUCGUGAGAAUCUGUGAUUUUAGUACUUGUUUGUGUUUCAUGAGUGUCUUUCUGUCAUUUUGUAGAUCAUGUUUGAAUCCUCAAUAUGCUGGCUCUUUUAACACGUACACGUUGCACUCAGACGUACAUGACAUCACUACCAGGGUGAGCCGGCCGAGUAUAUGACGAUAGUCCUCACGGGAGUGUUGAUGAUAAUUGUAGGCCGAGACGGUUUUCAGCAGGAAUGUGGAGCGUUUUCCGUUUUUGGGAUCGAUGCGCUUGGGGAGGGUACUGAAAUUUGAUUUUGUUGUUGUGUGAACGAGUUAUGUGACUUUUUGUUUGCUGUGAUUUGGUUCGCUCUGUUCCAGCCUUCCCAAAAAAACAUCCUGGGCUAAAGGUUCACGGCGCUUUGUCCCUGAUUUUAGUGCGGCCUUGUGGUCAGACGUGGUGACUCUGGUGCGGAUCUCGAGAACCAUGUAUGAAGAGGCGCGUGUACUAGAGGCCGAGGGUCGGAUACCCUUUGUUGAACCGGCUUUAAAUGCGCGGAUAAAAAGAGCAACGAAGAAGGCAGAGGACAAUCGAUAUAAGACGCAGCAAUUAGCGAUACUCAGAAAGCAACUGGGCCGUGGUCCACAAACCUCCUCAGGCAGCCACGACGACGAAGAAAACUUUUCACCGAUUUCCAAGUUUUAUGUCACAGCGUAAAAAAGAGCUGUCUUCAAGAAGUACUUACUUCUUGCCUUAUAUUAUACAUAGAUAAAUACUCAUACUUAUAGAGUAACACUAUGCCAAAAGCGAACAUAGAAAAGUGGUUUUUUAGCCAAAGAACGCACAUAAAGCCCAGGGAUCAGUCGGGCAGUAUUCGUCUCAAUAUGGAAAACUUUCAUUCUGAGACGAAUACUGUACAAAAAACGCAAAAAAAGCGCUUUUGGCAUAGUGUUACUCCAUACUCAUAUUUAUUCUACAGGAGUCGAAUGUACGGCUUCUCCGAUAGAUGUAGAUUUGUGGCCGAUUGUACGGCCUUAUGCGCCCCCAGUAUGUAACUUGGAUGAUCUUAUAUAUAUAGGUAAAUUAAUUGAUUGAAAGGGUGGUGGCAUAUAGUCCUAACGCAAAAAAAACAGAGUUAUUCGUUAUUCAAGGCCAGCACCAUCGGGGACGUACACAUGACAUUCGUUAUUCAAGAUGCCUAUUAUUCACACAAAGCGUGAAUGAAGAUAAACAUAGGAAUCAGUUACACUCAGGAAAACACACAAGGGAAUGAAGGUGACAGACAGACUACAUCCAUGCGUUUUAUGAGUUUCACAAAAGAAAUUUAAUUAUUAAAAUGACUUCCUUAUGUGACAGGCCGUGCCAUCUUUCAUUCCUGCCCGCAUCGGGGUGAUCAUGAAGACAGCAAAAGACGUGACAAUCGCGAUAAGCCGCGCCCGCGAGAUCGCAAAGAGUCAUUGUUUGGCUCGAUUUUUUCCGCCUUCGAGCCACGCAAGAAGUCGAAACAACCACCAGGUGAGAGCGCGGCACCGGUGCCUGAGAAGCCCUCCCGCAUGCUAAGCCGUGAUCUUCAUCCAACUAUGAGCGUGGACACGGUCGCAACAACCCCAGUCAUCUCCAAGAGGUAGACGGACAAGGUGCGCCUCCGUGUAAGUGGGAUUCCACUCAGUUUAGUGUUUUUUAAGCACUUGAAGACGACGCGAACCGGUACAGUGCUGUGCAUGGAUAGGUGCUCCGCGCAAUUAGAACUACCCGUUGUAAAGAUUUUCGAGGUGGCAAGACGAGUUCGAAAAAGGCAUAGCGCAGAUGCGAGUCGUUAAUGUGUUGCUUUAUUCUCCGCAUCAUUUGAGGUCUCCGCAUACUGCGCCGAGUGUCGGAGGACAGAGGACCUAUGUAACUUUUUUGUUGACCACCACAACAAGCAAAUUCUUAUCAACGCAUUGAAUGAAGUCCGGCUUAGAAAUUAGUUGCUGAAAUACUGUAUAUCUGCCCGAGGAAGCUUUUAUCAUAUAUUGUGCUUCGUUUAUUACCAUUGUCGGUCCUCGAAUUUCUAUCCGUGUUACAGUCUAUGUGGCCAGUGAGUACCGUUUGCGUUCUCAGGUGCUUUGAAAUACCGUAGCCACAAAAUCAUAGUUCAAAUUCUACUUCCUGCGAACCGCACUUCAAAGCAAAAAAACAACAGCGAACGGGAGAAUAGCAAAAAUAUAGGUUAGGUUAUCAUUUGUGACCCCUAGUGAACCGAACAAGAUGUUAGAACAUGCGACAGCGUCGAGCUACAUUUUUUGAUUUGACACUGCCAGCCACAAGUCGGGUUGUGUGAGUUCGCACGAGGUAGAAUCGGCAGUCAAGAAGAAAGUAGCAGCGGAAUGCUGGAAAGUGCGUGAACCAGUGUUAUUUAUUACUUGAAGGAGUACGAGCAGUACCCUGAGGUAACAAGCAUUCCGGU